AUGGCGGCAAUGGAGGACGAGGAGAUGGAGAAGAAGGUGCAUGAGUACCUGCAGCGCAAGGGCUUGCGCCUCGCCGGGGUCGCGGUGCAGGGAGACCGCAGCCGCGUCCCUACCUCCGCGCCCCCGCACAUGCUGGCCAGUAUGCCUGGUGGCUUUCUAAGCUUCCCCCCAAAUGGUCAUGCUUAUUUUGCGCCACCAUGGCCUCCACAACCACCACCUGGUUCAAUGACUCAACAUGUUGCGUUGGGUUCACAAGGCAAACCUGCCAUCAACGUUGACGAUGGGGAUGAUGUUAGGACUGAGAAGCGCCUGUCUUGGAAACCAGAUGAAGACUUGAGAUUGGUGCGCUCCUGGUUAAAGUAUUCCAAUGACCCUUUCAGCGGUAAUGGCAAGAAAGAGCAAUAUUGGGGAGAUGUACUUGCAUUCUACAAUAGCACUACAUUGACAAAACGGACGAGGAAAGUGAAGCAUCUCAAAGACCGGUUUCAAAAGAUUAAGAGAUGGGUAGGUUUUUUCUGCUGGUCUUUGAAGAAGGCUGCAUCAAGUGAUGUCAGCGAACAAUCAGAUGACCAAUUGAUAGAAAAGGCUCUGCAAUUUUAUUUGGAUGACUAUAAAGAAGGCCCAUUCAUAGUUAUGCAUUGCUGGAAGGUUCUUCGUGACGAACCGAAGUGGCAUGCAAUAUUGGAGGACCUUGAGAAAUCAAACAAAAGGAAAUUGGGUGAUGAGGGGGAGGUGGGGAACAGCACACCCACACCUGAAGAUACCCAAGAAAAGGAACUUCCAAUAGUAGUGAAAGAAUUCAAGAAACAAUGCAAUGGCAAAGGCAAGGCCAGAGAUAGUGACACUGAUUUGAGUGAAGCUAUGAAGAAGUACAUGGAUAUUCAGGCUGCUGCUAAAAAACGUCAUGAUCAAUUCAUAGAGAUCCAGCUGCGGGUUUCUGAUGCAAAGGUCGAGGCGGCAAGGCUCAAGAGGGAGGCUGCCAUGCUGAAAACAUACAACUCUUUCAUGAGCAUGGACACUAGGGAGAUGACUGAUGAGUUGAAAGCUGAGCAUGCAAUAGGCAUGAAGCUUCUGCGGGAGAAAUUGUUUGGCAACAAGAAUUGA